AUGUCUGUGCGUCGACGAAGAGACUACGCUUCCAGAAUUGACGCUGAUCCGUUGGACUUAGCAGCAACCUCUUAUGUUCAGGGAUCAUCGCAAGCGAUCGGCAUCAAACGGGACGCUAGGGGGAACGCUUCCACCCACAAUGAAGAGUCGUCUGGUCGCUUUGCUGAACAGGAAGCUCUCUGCCCUUCACAGGAGUCUGUGUCGGUUGCCGAGGUAGGAGCUGAUGGGACGCAUGUAACGGCAUCUCCGUCCGUAGCUGAGUGCUG